UCGAAGGCAGGAGAUCUGUGUCCCAUCCUCUAAGGGAAGACGGGUUUGUGUAACUCUCCUCAAACCUGAGGGGAGUUGUGGAGUGUUUGGUCAACGACAGUGCUUCCUGGAAAAGAUCUGAAUCGUUUUAUAACCAAACCCAGCUGCGGUCUGGUGUGCGCUGCAGUCUCCGCGUGCAUGUAUGUGUGCGUGCGUGCGUGUGGAUGUAUAUGCAUGAACACUGAGACCUGCGUUUCAUACAGCGAUAUGACAUCCAUGGAUUCAUAUUAUAGCUCCUCUGCUGCGCAAGGUAGGGAUCACCAGACGGACCACUUUAGGACAUUCCAUGCAACUGAUACCAAAUACAGCCCCGCUGCCUUCCUGCCCAACAAAGGUCAGGGUUACGGAGAAAAGUCCAGGAGCCCCUUCCAACAGGAGUGCCAGUCAUUGGAUGCCGCCGCAGCUGGGCAAGGCACUUUCAGCAAAUACCACCUCUUCAUGCAGAGGUCUUCUUGCAAAACACCCCCCGAGGAGGACAAACUGCACCAGGAGAGGGGACACAACGGAUCGCUCAUCUCUUGCUACGGUAAAGACAGUUCAGGUCUGGCAGAUUCUGAUUUGGCCCCAGACUCCGACCCACCUGGAAUGGACACCAGAUACCUGGCUGUGAAGGAUCAGGGCGUCAAGGCGGCCUCCGAUAGGACGCCAGGCACUGACUUAGCGAGCCCUCUGGAAAAGGCUGAUGGUGGCGAAAGCAACAAAGGCAAAAAGAGGCGCAACCGCACGACCUUCACGAGCUACCAACUGGAAGAGCUCGAGAAGGUUUUCCAGAAGACACACUAUCCUGAUGUUUAUGCUCGAGAGCAGCUCGCGCUCAGGACGGACCUGACUGAAGCCCGCGUGCAGGUGUGGUUCCAGAACAGGAGAGCGAAAUGGCGAAAGAGGGAACGCUUUGGCCAGAUGCAGCAGGUCCGAACACACUUCUCCACAGCUUACGAGCUGCCUCUCCUGACUCGUCCUGAAAACUAUGCUCAGAUCCAGAACCCUUCCUGGAUCGGCGGCAGCAGCGCUGCGUCUCCCGUGCCGGGCUGCGUUGUGCCCUGCGACACGGUGGCUCCGUGCAUGACACCUCACCCCCACUCUGCCAGCGGGGUGUCUGAUUUUCUGGGAGUACCGAGUCCCGGAGGUCACGUGGGGCAGGCUCACAUGGGCAGCCUAUUUGGAGGAUCUCCUGGCAUGGCCGGAGGCAUCAACACUUACGAUCUCAACAUGGACCCCGACCGCAAGUCCUCCAGCAUCGCCGCUUUGCGCAUGAAAGCCAAAGAGCACAGUGCAGCCAUAUCUUGGGCCACAUGAUGUGUUGACACAUGCUGGAUGACGGGGGACCUUGUUGACCCCUGAAAAGUCUAAACAAUCCCAGCAUGGAGUAAGAGGGGGCACUAAAAUCAAAACUCUUAAGGCAACAGUGACUACCUUCAAAAAUGCUGCAAUCAAAUUAUGUGGGAAAAAAAGAGAGAAAGAUUUGGCAAAAUCGGCAGUGCCAUGUUUUUGGUGGCUCCGGUAGCAGUGAGUGCUGUGGAAGCCCAGUGAGAAGGUGAAGGUGUGCUGUAUAACAGGAGUUGCAGUGUAGUGCUGAAGAUAGGCAAAAAAAAAAUUAAAAAAAGAUGCUAGAAAAAGUUUAAUUAAUCCAAAAAAAAAGACAAAAAAAACGAAAAAUCCAUGCACUUAUUUGCUAACACAGACACAAUUCUGUACAAAGCUUUUGGUAUCUUUGUUUUGGUGCUGUUUUUAUUCUGAUCUUGUUAUUUAAAAUUUCACCUUUUUUCCUUUUUUGCAUCAUUUAAUUUUAAGUUUUGAUUUCACAGCUAGUUUAAAAAGCAUUCUGAAAAAAACCCUUAAAAAACCUUCAUACAUUUUACUCUUUGUCAGCAUUAACUUAAGUCAUGCCGGUGCUGAGAUGACCAUCAAUACAAGCGUCACAGUAACCAAGUCUGGGUAUGUCUUUCAGCGACUGAAAACAUAGACGGGGCUCUUCCGUCUAACAUUACAAAGUAAAACAGAUGAAAAGUGGUUCUCUUGAGUAUGGCCAAGGGUAAAAGAUCCACCUGCUGCACAAACCCAGCCUGCUGAUGCCCAGAGAGGAGGAGGAAAUGGUGUAUGGGAGUACGAGAGGGGCACAGCAGGCCUGCUGCUCUCAGGGUUGAAGAGCCUGGGAGCGCCAGCCUCCAAACAGAUGCAGCUCUGUUUUCAGGAGAAAGACUCCAAGUGGACAUGACUGUGCCCCUUGCAUUUCUAGUCUCACAGGUCUCAGAAAGAGAAGUGCCUACCAGUCAGCCAGACUGCCAGAAAUAACACAGGAACCAGCAGAAGCCUCUUUUGAAACAGAGCGGGCUACUGGGGAUAACACCGUGUGUUGACGCUCUUAAACACUGAAUGGAUGUCAGUAUUCAGCAGCCUUUUCUGGACUUUAACAAGCCUGCAUUUGGCUUUCAGUGCAGCGCUGGCAUACAUGUCAUUGUUAUUCUUCCUCUUCUUUUUUUUUUACCAUCAUCAAAUCUUUCAAAGUACUCCAUCACCCUGAUUAAUGCAUAGUGACCUCUGUGGUUCUGUUUAAGGUUUUGGCCCCGUGGCCGGCAAAGACAUCUGCUUCUUUUCCUUGUGCAUACGUGAAGAUUCAAAUGUAUUUGGAGCAAAAUGUGUUAAAGCUGAAGUAAAAUCAGGGUCUCCUUUGCACUCGGUUACAGUGGGCCGUGACCCAGGACAACAAAAACUCUCAAAUUAAUUCUGUGUGAGUCCUCAGCUUAACUCCAAAUGUGUUUGGGUUGAUGCCCCACUAAAGUGUGUACAUCAGCUGGGUUCUGUAUUACUGAGUAAGCUCAGGUCUCUCUCGGAUCCAGUUCACCUUAAUUAUUUGACACUGUAGCAUAAAACAAACUAAAUGGCAGAAAAUCCACUGGUGCUUCUCUGCAUCUCUGGAUAAACAACGAUGAUCAGUCUGCCAUCUACAGCGAGUGAUGGGAAUGAGGUUAAAACUGGCUGAAAGUUCUCUACAGCAGAACAAGGCAGGAUAAUUGUGUCCGUCACAAAGUUGUGGCAUGGAGACAAAGAUUAAAGCUACAAAACUUUGGUCCUAGCUUCAUCUGUUUUUGACCAUAUUUUUAAAAGUUUUUUCCCCCGUCAGAUACCAACAUGACAGGUCCAUGUCUUCCCUCUGCUUUCUUCUAGUUUACUUCUAUCAGGACUUAAGGACUAUUCCUGUGUCUGUGUCCUUUGCCCCCAAUUAAGAAAAGAAGUGUAAGAUAGAGGUUGACCCAGCCAGAUGCCUUAUACCUUGCCGGGGAUAUCAUUCAAAUUUUUAAGCAUAUUUAAAAAGCAAACUUCCAUUUUUCCCUGGUAACAGCAUCUUGCAGUGACAGAAAUAGCCGAUGAGCUUUUCAAGUGCAGCAAGAUGAGGUAAUACAUGGCUUCCUUUGUUUGCAAAGCCUGAUUUAGGCCUGAAGCAUAACAAAGGGUUUCAUGGUCUCAGAAAGCAAACCCGAUACCUUGUGGUACCACCUCGAGGCAGAGCAACCAUUGCUAAUUCCCUAAACUAAACCACAUUCCCUCUCCUCCUGGGUAGGUAGGUAAGAGAGGUGAGGUGCGGGCUAAAACCUGUCAGCAGAGCAGAUCGCCCUCAAGUCGUCCAAAUCACCUCCAGUUUCGCUCCUCUGUCCAAAUGCGAGGCAUGUGCAUGCAUAGAGGACGUAUCCCAGAAGUGAGAGGGUAUCCUUGCGAAUGUGAACAUGGGGCCCCCUGUGCUCUAGCCUAGGGGUUGGACGGAGGGCGAGCUGUGAGGGCGUCUGCUGUGUUCCGGUGUUCUGGGAAAAGGACAGUGCACACAGCUGCGCUCAGGGGGUAAAUGCAAAACAAACAUGCCUCACACAUGCUUCCCCCUCAGCUGUCAUGGCUCUGCUUUCAAAGAUCUACUCCCCCCUCCCCAAUCACACACAUUGCACUGCGCCUCUCCCUUCGCUCACUCCCACUAUGUCCACCAGCCUCAAGCCGCAGCCCCUCAUCGCAGGGUCUGAGGCACAGCCACACAGGCAACCGGGGAAGGCUUUUUAAUUAACACUGAGCCAUGUGGAGGCUAUGGACUGCAGUAUUGUGUGUCAGGAUGGACAGGACUGUCUGUCUUCUAGUUGGUCUUGCUGGACGCAGACAUACUGGCAAUGAGACGCUCAGGUUUACCGUUUUCUGUGCAUUUAAGAGAAUCUCCAGUGAGGUCUUUAACAUGUGGAAACCAAAGAUGGACUGUUUUUACCCCUUUAAGUAAUUUCCUACAUUUACACACAGCCUGUUAAUGCAAGAUUCAGCUUUAAAUUAAAAAAAAAAAAAUCUCUCCUGUAUGCUGCACAACUCCAGCCUUGAGUGAUAAUGUCCCCCUUUCUCAUUUUUCUAAUACUACUGAAGUCAGGUAAUCAGUAUAGGAGUAAAUAUAUGAUAAAUGCGUGCUGUUGUGUGCAUGUACAGUGUUGUGCGUGCAGCUUGAAGUGUCAUAAGACUCUUAAACAUUUUACUAAUUUGAUGCUGUUUUAUUUUGUGGGACAAUUUAUAAAUAUUUGAGUGUAAAACUUUUCUUAAACUUGGUGAUGAUCUGUUUGUAUUCCUAGUGUUUGUGGACGUUGUUUUCUCAUUAUGUUAUUCUUUAAUUUCCCCCUCCUACCAAGUUUGUGUGGCUUUAAGCUGUCUUUGGAAAUGAGAGUAUGAAUUUACUCAUGCUUGUGUGAUUAAAAUACCAUAAGUUAUUGUACUUUGAUUUAGAGUCGCUGUGUUCUGAAAUGCAUUACAGCCUUAAUAAGGUGGAAGCAGCAAAAUGUAACUGCUCCCUGCAGCUUCUCAGCAGACCGAGUCUUCCAGAAAACUCAAACGACUGCAGCCACGGUACAGAAGAAAACCAUUCUCCUAUUAGCGUUCAAAGAUCGCUCAAGUCACUCCGAGUCUCAAGAGAAGUCUUUCAAGAUGUCAGCUAAAGGCGCUGGUUGGCCAGAGAAGUGUCUGAGGCUGUUGAGAAAACCCAUAAAAUUUGCUCCGUCUUAUUACUUCGCACCACCGUGCCAAAAUAUUGUGUCAUCCCUGUAGUCACAUUGUGAAAUCCCCGUGCGUUUCAGGUCCUUUGAAGGGACACGAGUGCUGAAAUGAGAUCGCGCAACCCACAAGACUAUCACACUAAUUGAAGCUGACAAAAAUACGAACUGCACCCUUUUGAACCGCUGACAUUGAACAGGGUGGAUUAGGCAGCUAUAUUAACAACAGGUGACAGCCUGGAGGGAACAGUGGAUCGGCCGUGUCACGGAGGGGCUGAUCUGGACAGUCACAGAUUACAACGUGAGGCAGACGUUAAAGAGGAAAGUGUCUUUCCUCAUCUUCUUUCCCACCUCUUACACAUCGAGGAAAAUAAAAAAAACCUGUGGUUCUUGGUUGUGCAGGGCUUUACUUGUAUUACAAAGUCAUAUAUAUACAGUUAGAUGGAUAAACCCCAGUCGAAAAAAUAUGAAAACAACAGGAAAGGGAA